AUGGAUCUACGAAACAUCCAGCGGAUCGAGCUGCCCGCUACGGCGGACAUGCACGUCCACCUGCGCCAGGGUGACAUGAUGGAGCUGGUUGCCCCGACCCUGACCGCCGGCGGCGUUGACACGGCCUUUGUUAUGCCCAAUCUGGUUCCUCCCGUGACCACAGUUGAGAUGGCGCUCGAGUAUAAGCAGAAGCUCCUCGCUGUCAACCCCCGCGUCAACUACCUCAUGUCGCUCUUCCUGCACCAGACCGUGACGCCAGACGUGAUUGACCAAGCCGCGGCGGCGGGCAUCACCGGCGUCAAGCUCUACCCGCAAGGCGCGACGACCAACUCGGAUAAUGGCGUGGCCGACCUCACGGCCUUUUACGACACCUUUGCGGCUAUGGAACGUGCCGACAUGGUGCUCAACCUGCACGGCGAGGCCCUCGAGGCGCUCGCACCCGCCGGCCUGACUCUCGAGGAGGCCUUCCUGCCCACGCUGACGAGCCUGCACGCGCGCUUCCCCAAGCUGCGCAUCAUUCUUGAGCACUGCACCACGGCGGCCGCGGUCGAGGCUGUCAAGGCCUGCGGACCCAACGUCGGCGCCACCAUUACCGCGCAUCACCUGUAUCUUACCGAGGCCGACGCCUGCUGCGACCCCUUUGCGUUUUGCAAGCCCAUCCCCAAGAAGCCUCUCGACCGCGACGCGCUGCUCCAAGCCGCCAUGAGCGGCAACCCCAAGUUCUUCUUCGGAAGCGACAGUGCCCCCCACCCCAUCCAGAACAAGACGGCGGCGGCAGAGGGUAAGGCCCCCGCGGGUGUCUUCACGCAGCCGUUUGUCACGCAGCUCGUCGUGCGUGCGCUGCAAGAGGGCCUCGAGCGCGGCGUGCUGCGCGACGCGGACGUGACCCAGGAGAGGCUAGAAAACUUCCUUAGCCAUAACGGGCGCGCGUUUUAUAAGCUGCCGCCCGCGACGGCGCGCCGCAUCGUGCUCGAGAAGAAGGAGACUAUCCCGACGAGUGUUAGUAGCGCGACGGUGGAGGUGGGCAACUCGCGCCAUGGCGAUGAGGUCUUUGCCCUGCGGUGGCUGUGA